AUGUGGCCCAAAUUUGGAAGUCGCGUUUGCGUAAUAAGACUGCUUUUUUUCACUUUACUGGUUUUUGGAGGUCUAUCAUACUUCCUGUUUUCCUCAACGACGUUUGAUAUAUUUCAGAAGAAGAACCCUACGAAACGGCCCCCUUACUCAGACUUGCCGCAUUUCCAGUUGCAACAGAAUGGCGAAUACUGGAUAUUCAAUGACUUCAUAGAACCCGACUGUAGAAACAUUUGGGGAAAAUCAAGCAUUACGUUAACCACCCAUGCCACCUACAUAGACUUUAAGCUACUCGAGUGGCUGCUUGUGCGCUGGAAUGCGCCCAUCAGCAUGGCUGUCUAUGUGGAUGGCGAAGACUUUGAGCGGACGGUGCAAAGCUUCUACCACAUCAAGUUUUGCUCAGUUAUCGGCAAGAGUUUCUUCCAAUGGGUCUCCGUACAGCUUGUCUUCCACAAUAGUCAUUUUCCAAGGAAGCUACGACCAUUCAGCCAUCAGAGGCCCAGGAAGUUGCGUUGCAAGACCCUCUACCAACGAGGACGUCCGAACGAGACUUCUUGGUAUAAAAACGAUUUGACAUAUCCUUUGUCCUUGCUGAAGAAUGUUGCGCGUGCAAAUGCGCGAACCUACUACAUUUUCUCGCUGGGCUUGGACAUGUUGCCACCACGCCGAUUUGUCAAAAAUUUCCUAGAUCUAAUGGAUACCAUUCAGGUGUCGGUGAAGAGUGUCUUUUGCGUGCCUGUGUUUCCCCAACUUACUGAAGAUAUGCUGGUGCCGAAGGACAAGUCUGAGCUGCUCACCCAACUCUGGCCCUAUUUCAACGGCUCGAUUCCGCUGGUGAUACCGGAUGACGAGCUACAGCGACUGCGGGACUUGUUUUCCUGGCUCCUGCAGCCGUUGGUCGAUGUGGAGCAGGCAAUCUUUAAGAUUAGCAAGCAGCCGAAUAAUUGCGAUGCCUAUGUAAGCAUCAAUCACUUCGAGCCUAUUUAUGAUCAACACGCCGCCGGAUCCCUGCAGGAGCAGCAUUUGAGCCAUUUGGAAGUGCUAAGCGGCUUGAAUUUUGAUUUUAUCGUGCUGGGCGGUGCAUUUCUCAUCAAACGACAUGCACCCAUUUGGCAGGAUGUGGAGCCGAGUGAGUAUCCUGUAAGAAUGCCGGAUCCAACGCCCCACAUAAGCGACCUAAUCGUAUUGAGCUCCAUGGUACUGUAA